AUGGAUCCCCCUGGAGACCUGCCAUUCAUUGAUUUCCCUGGAGACCUGCCACUCAUUGAUCCCCCUGGAGACCUGCCAUUCAUUGAUCCCCCUGGAGACCUGCCACUCAUUGAUCCCCCUGGAGACCUGCCACUCAUUGAUCCCCCUGGAGACCUGCCACUCAUUGAUCCCCCUGGAGACCUGCCAUUCAUUGAUUCCCCUGGAGACCUGCCACUCAUUGAUCCCCCUGGAGACCUGCCACUCAUUGAUCCCCCUGGAGACCUGCCAUUCAUUGAUCCCCCUGGAGACCUGCCACUCAUUGAUCCCCCUGGAGACCUGCCAUUCAUUGAUUCCCCUGGAGACCUGCCAUUCAUUGAUUCCCCUGGAGACCUGCCACUCAUUGAUCCCCCUGGAGACCUGCCACUCAUUGAUCCCCCUGGAGACCUGCCAUUCAUUGAUUCCCCUGGAGACCUGCCACUCAUUGAUCCCCCUGGAGACCUGCCACUCAUUGAUCCCCCUGGAGACCUGCCAUUCAUUGAUUCCCCUGGAGACCUGCCACUCCCUGGAGGGCCGCCUGGAGACCUGCCAUUCCCUGGAGGGCCCCCUGGAGACCUGCCAUUCAUUGAUCCCCCUGGAGACCUGCCAUUCCCUGGAGGGCACCCUGGAAACCUGCCAUUCCCUGGAGGGUCCCCUGGAGACCUGCCUUUCGUAUAG